AUGGCAAAGAAGAAGGUGUGGAAUAACUUAGCAGAUGUUCAGAUUGAGCUGGGUGUAGCGGAACAUCGGAUGGGCAUGCACGAUGCCAGUGUGGUAUCACUUCAGGACGGCUUGUUGAGUUAUAGCCAAGCUUGCAUGUUCUCAGACUCAUCACGGGGUGACGAUCUCCCUGGGCUGCUGCAUGACUGGGGAGUGGCGCUGCAGACAGUCGCAGAGCACACAGAGGGACGAGAAGCCAGGCUCAGACUCUUGGAUGAGUCCUUGUCGCAGCUGAAGAGCUCCAUCAUGUUUGGGAGGUGCGAUCCAGCACCCAUGAAUGCAGUGGGAGAUGCUCUUGCAGCCAAAGCAGAAUUGCUUGAGGGGAUCGAGGCGUCAGGCAUGUGGCACAGGGCCAUUGAAGAGGGCUACAAGGCAGCGAAGGCAAUUAAUAGCCAGAAUGUAGAUGCUUUGGUGGGACUUGGAGAAGCGCACAUGGCCCUGGGCAAAGGGGCAGCCGCAGUGGGGGAUGCCGAGGUGGCCGCAGAGCACUUCUGCUCCAGUGUGGAGGCAUAUAGGCAUGCUGUCAAGCUACCUUCACCCUUGGGCGAUUUCCAUGAGCGCUGCAAUGUCUUCUACAACUAUGCUUGCGCUUGCACUCUUGCUGGAGAAGUCACAGAGGCCAGGGAAGCAAUUGAGGGACUUUUGAGGAGGGGAGGGACUGGAAUUGAGGAGAUAAAAGUGGACACAGACCUCGACAACCUCAAGGAGGAGCAGUGGUUCGUGGAUCUUGUCAAUGGAGAACACUGA